UGUUACAUACAUACUAACGUGGUUCAUGUAACUUUUCCAUCACACUAGUAUUCAUGUUGGUACAUCUUACACGAGUCAGACUUCGUGUAGGACUGGGAGGCCAGUGUGGUUUGGAUGUGAUCAUGAGGCUGUCCGCAAUGCCCAGUGAUGCCGGAUAUGGAGAACAAGAGCAAGAUGCUAAUACGGCAUUGUUGGAGCUGGACAAAGGUCUGCGUUCUCUGAAGGUCGGGGAGCAGUGCGAAGCCAUAGUGCGCUUCCCCCAACUCUUUGAGAAGUACCCGUUCCCGAUCCUCAUCAAUUCUGCCUUCCUGAAGCUUGCUGACGUCUUCAGGGAUGGGAGUAACUUCCUUCGUCUGUGCGUGGUGAAGGUUGCUCAGCAGAGCCGACGCCAUCUGGACAAGAUACUCAAUGUGGACGAGUUUAUCCGCCGCAUCUUCUUCGUCAUCCAUAGCAAUGAUCCAGUUGCUAGGGCAAUAACCCUCAGGGUCUUGGGCAGUAUUGCGGGUAUUAUUGCUGAGAAGAAGAACAUUCACCACAGCAUUCACAAUGGUCUAGAUUCCCACGACAGGGUGGAGCUGGAAUCAGCCAUCUAUGCUGCCUCAUGCUUCUCAGCAGAAUCAAGAACGUUUGCGUCGGGGAUCUGUCACAAGCUGGCCGAGCUGAUCCGGGGCUUGUCCACCCCCACCGAGAUCAAACUCAAGCUCAUCCCGAUCUUCAAGCACAUGCACUACGACACUCCGUCCGCUGCCUUCGCCCGACAGCUCUGUCUGGAUCUCCUGCCUUCCUACCCAGCCAAGAGCUUCCUGACUGUCACGUUGCACACCUUAUCGCAGCUAGCCGCCGCCUCAUUGGUUCAUAUUCCUGAUCAGGUGAGCCUGCUCCUUGGCUAUCUGUGCCACGACCCCCGCACGGCUGUUCAGAUGACCUGUGUACAGGACUUAUGCCUCCUUGCCCGGAAGGCCCCUCACAUGUGGACCAGUGAAAACCUGGCCUCUCUAACCGGGCAGUGCCAGGGCUGCGAGUCGCCCGGCCUGCUGGCCAACCGACUGCGAAUCCUGGCCAUUCUGUUCGGGACGCCGGCGUUGCUGGUGCAGGAGCAAUUGGAGCCUAUCGCCACCCUCUGUAGCACACUGAGUCAACACUGGGACGUGAAGGUGGCAGCCACGGCUAUCCAGAUAAGAACCCUCCUGGCCAAAUGGCAAAAUGUGGGCUCUGGUGUCCAUGACACUGGAGAUUCGCCAGCCUUAUCAUACAUGCCUAUAGCAUUUGCAGCUCAGAAUAUAGUCAUACAGUGUUUGGCAGAGGAGACGAAAUCUGCAACAGAAGCCCUCAAAGUCGUGCUUGGUUGUAUCCGAGAUUUGAGUGAGAAGUGCCCAGAGGCCCUUCCAGCAUUGGUCAACACACUGACAAUGUCACUGAAAUCCACUACAGGCGAGGGUGGUUUGGCGUUGUGCCGUUGUCUUGUGUCCCUCGGCGAAUCGAGACCAGAGGAUCUCUUCACCAGUCAUUUACCAAUCCUGCAGGAGCUGUAUACCGAUGCCCUCAAGCUGGAGCAAUCUCACAGCGAGGAGAGCAAUGUGAGACACAACAUGCUGGUUGGCUUGGCCAUGCUGCUCCUGUUGGCUGACAGGAAGGGACGAUUGUGCCCCAGCGUCAGUCAAAAUAUCCAGGAGCUUGUACAGCGUUACCCAUGGCCAGCAUACCGCAUUGCACACCAAGCAACGAGACUAAAUUGCCAUGAAACAGCGGCAGAAAUCUUCGCCAAGCUAGCAACACAGGUUGCCUCGGAGCACUAUUACUACUGGCUCUGUGGCUUGGAGCAAUUCUGCCUCGGUGAGACCUGCCUGGCAGCGAUCACUGAGAAGUCAAACAACCUCAUGCCUUGUCUGUCCAAGGCCUUGCAGCACUACGAGAAGGGACUGUCGAAUCUCAAGGCAGCGUCAACCCCUUCCCACCCUCUCCUGUUCCACUGUGACUUCAUGAGGCUGAGGGCUGACAUGUUGCAUUGCUGCCUUCUCCUCCUGUCCUGCCUAGCGACCAUCCGGACCUGCCCGCCUCCUGCUAUUGCUCCUGCUGUUGCCUUGACGAUGGGCCAGGAGCUUCUAAGAUGCGGGCACAUGGCAACUGAGAUGCAGCAGUGUGCUGCACAGGUCCAGCAGUUGAGUGUCCGUUACGCUCGGUUGUACCAGACAUCAUUCGAUGCUGACCCCGACUCACUCAGCAAGAUCAAAUUAAUUCAACAACAGUGUUUGCUGCUGGGUCAUGCAAUUGACUGCCUCGUCCUCAAUAAUCCAGCAUACAGUGGGAACAAGCAGUGGAAUCUUCUGGGCAGCUGCAACGCAGUGGAAGGCUCCACGGGCACCAACAAGCAGCAGGCCAAGAAGCAACUGCAGAUGACAAACACCAUCUUGAAAGAUCUGCAGAACGUCUUGGUGCAGACGGACGGACAGUCCAUUUCUCAUCAGCAUGUCAACUGCCUGACUGAGGCGUGUGCAGGAAUGAUGAGAUUACCAUUUGGUUUUCCACGUUACUUCUUCCAGGCAUUACAGUCGACCAGCAUCAAGCUGGCUCUGUCACCAACUGCACGAAAUCCAAAUGAACCUGUGUCAUUGUCUACUGACACGCAUUUGGCGAUGAAGGUUGAGGGCGUUAUACAGCACGGCAGCAAGCCAGGCCUGUUCCGGAAGGUCAGCAAGGUGAAGCUGGCCGUUACUUCAUCCUGCACUACUGCUAAGACAACAGGUCUUGGCAAAUCCAGCGAGUCCGACAGCGGUACCAGUGAAGGCACAUGGUACACAGAGCCCCACCACGACUACUUCAGCAUUCAGAUCCUGUUGUCCCUGCCCGUGGUCGGCACCCACACCAUCAACGUAGAGGCCAGUGUGGUGGACGAAGAUGGCAGCUGCUGGCAGACGGGGCCCAGGCUGAGCCUGCUGGUCAAGACAUACGAGGAGCUGUCCCUGCAGCAGCGUCAACAGCAGGCCAGUCAGCAGACCGCUGGGGGUAGAUGAGGAACGGGUCGGUGUGGGCAAGCGGAGAUCUGAGGCUUACAUUGUUUGUCAAUACAUAAACAUAAUGGAAUGUAUCGCCAAGUACCGUUCCACUGUGGCAUGAACUACACGCUGGCCAGCAAUCCUUACUCACCAGUAAACUACAUGUGUUCUGGGAUGAUCACCUCAUAUACGAGAACAAAAUCAUAGGCUCUGAAAAAGAGUUGAGGUUACUUUUCCUUCAGAGCAAAUCAUAACACAAAAGAGGCAUACUUCGGGCAACAAGUUCCAUGGAUGCCAAAAACAAAUGACUUGAAAGAGCUCUUUGUUGGACAGUGAUCUUGGCAAUUCCAGUUACGACAGUUGUCACAAACACCAGAUUUUUCAGGCCAGGUCCUUUGAGGCAGGUUGUAGAAAGUAGCAACGUUGUCUUGGCUUCCAUUCAAGACAGUGCACAAUCCGAUGUGCGUGCAGCCACCGUUAAGCAUAGCCAGAGCAUAUGACCAUUUCUCGACAGCCUGUGAUAGUUUGCAGGAUCUGCACAUGAAAUAAUUCAUAGUGUAUGUAAUUUGUGUGUUCUUAACUGGGGGUAAAAAAAGUACACAUAUAUCACUACUGGGUUUUUUUUUUUUUUUUAUUUUGAUCAGAAAGAUAGCUAUAUUGACAGGGCACUGUAUGACCAAAAAGAUCUGGUAAGCUUAGAUUAAUCCUACUUUUUAUACAGGCAUGCACAAUAAAUAUCACUUUUUUUCAUU